UAAGUGUAUGCAAUAACUCUAUCAAGUAACUAUGGGUGCUGUUCUGGCUGUACUGGGUGUUGACGAGCCCGUUUCCUACGAGCCUCCAUCUAAGAAAAUCCUGUGUAACAUAUACGGAGUUCAAAUAAGUUUAGCGCACAUAACAACGCUACUAAUAAGCGUGAUUGUGUUAACUCUAACGAUUCUGCUGGAGUACGGGACCAUUCCGGCGGUGCAGCAAGGAUUCUACUGCGGCGAUCCGCAAUAUUCGCACAAGUACAAAGGCGAGACCGUCACUCCGGAAAUUCUGGGAGUGACCGCCGUCCUGGUGCCGCUCUUCAUAAUAAUAUCCACCGAACUGCUCGCCUACCAAUCCUUCAGGAAAAUCAACCCCUACACCGUGGUUUUUUACAUGCAGGAAUGCAUCGUCGGCGUGGCCCUAGUUCUCCUGCUGACAUCGAUAACCAAAGUCAUCGUCGGUGAACACAGACCCCAUUUUUUCGAUACCUGCCAGCCGGAUACGGCAGUCAAUUGCACCGCGGGACAAUUCGUUGAAACGUUUACUUGCACUUCAGAGUACUCUCAAAUAUUCAAAGUCGAUUCCUCGCUUUCGUUCUUCUCGGGACACUCGUCGAUUUCUUGGUUUAUUGCGAUAUAUUUGUGCUACAUCAUUCACGUUAGAACAGUGACAGUGAAUGCUGGAUACAUCAUUAAGCCUUUCUUGAUAUCGCUAGUGCUAACGUGGUCGCUGCUCUGCUCUCUAUCGAGGAUUACCGAUAGAAGACAUCAUUGGUGGGACGUGCUUACUGGAAGCCUGUUCGGCAUUUGCUCUGCGCUUUAUUUCGCGGUAGUGGUUUACGAGAAGAUGAAAAAGAACGAUCCUUUGGUGCGUUCGUACAAGCUAACGGAAGAAAUACCGCUGUCGAUACAUCAUAGAAGUGCGUUGUGAAUUGGCUAGAAGAUUUUGUUGUUUGAGUAGAUAUUUAUUUUUUUACUUGUUCUUGUUACGUUGAAAAGUCCAAAAGGCUAUUUGUUU